AUGGCGCCUGCGCCGGAUAUGGUGCGUCUUCCCAAUGGACAGAGCCUGACCGUCAUCCCCGUUUUUGGCGGCUUCUUUUUCAAGGCCAACGAUCUCAACCUGCAUCCCAAUAUAUUCCCCGCAGGCUGGACUGUGAUCCUCCAGUCUGAAGAUCCUACUUCCGACGACCCCGAAGCCAAUGCCGACGCUGAAGGGGGCGAGCUUCAUGCCACCCCUCCUCCCACACAACGUCGCCAUAUCCGACCCUUCAGGCAACCCACCUUGCAAAAUGACAGCCUCUUCCUCUCCUCGAUUUCGAAUCCCUCCAGCAGCGACUUCAAUGCCCCCACAAGCCCCACGCGGCAGAUUGCGAUGAUGCUCUGGGCGUCGCUAUACUGGUACUUUCAUCAGCCAACCCCAAACCUUACCCUCAGUACUACGGCCUCCAAAAACACUCCCGAUAGCGGGAAGCCAAGGGGAGAAUGGCGCAUAAAUAUUAAACGUGAGGGCGUGUUGCGUGGCCGAAACUUACUCCCGAAGCUCGAGCGAAUGGGAUUGAUCACAUCGGAUGAUUCCUCUGUGGGACUAAAUCCUGAGGAGAGUACUCCUGGGGGUUGGUCAGAGAUGUAUACUUCGAGGAGAGCUUUUUGGCAGCUACCGGGCAAGCUCUUUCUAUUCACCCUCACACCAGCGGUGGGGUCACCUUUUGCAGGGUCGCCCUACGGCAGCCGUCCAAGUUCGCCCGUCCGAACUGAACAAUGGAACAACUCAUCAAGUAAACCGGAAUCAUCAGAAAAUGGCACCCUAGCUCCAGGAUUGUGGUCUCCCUCAGCCCCAGGUCCAUUUGCAUCAGGCAGCCACUUACCAACAUAUUAUCCACCCCCGCCCCUCCAAUACACUGUAACAUCUGGCGUACGCCAUCCAGUGCGUCCAAAGCCCCCCCGGCAAGGAGAGGUAUUCUAUACCCGCUAUAUCCCAAGCGUAGGCCAAUAUCUUUCCUUCCGAGUUGCUUCAUUAUCUCCAAAACCUGUUGCCUAUCUUGGACCUACAGCAUUACACAGUUCAGCAAAGCACCAUAGUCACGGCUCCUCGUUAUCAUCUCUCCCAUCGCAUAUUUCCCAGGCUUUUAUUUCGGAUUCUACAACCCCUACUCGAGCAGCUGACACAGGGAAUACAGCCCUUAUGAGUGACCUUCAACUUCUAAACAGGUGGAUGAACAACCCUCGAGUAAGCAGUUUUUGGGGCUGUUCAGGUCCUGAGAGUACCCAAGAUGCCUUCCUCCGGGCAAAUCUCACCUCUGCUCACUCUUUCCCCGUCAUCGGUCUAUGGGACGGGAAGCCCUUUGGUUAUUUCGAAAUAUACUGGGUUAAAGAAGAUGCGCUUGGCAGGCUUCUAGGAGACGAGGCUGCAGACUACGAUCGUGGUUUUCAUGUUCUCGUUGGCGAGGAUGAAUUCAGAGGUAAGCAUAAAGUGAAAUGCUGGGCCACGUCCAUAGCGCAUUGGGCCUUUAUGCAAGAUUAUAGAACGAAUGCCGUCGUUCUGGAGCCGAGAGUUGACAACGAGAGGUUUAUCUCGCAUUUACAUGAGUCAGGGUACUUGAAGGAGAAAGAGGUAACAUUCCCGCACAAGCAAAGCGCCUUUGUGAAGUUGAGGAGGGAAAACUUCGAGGCUCCCAUCUUGUGA